GCUCUAACGAAACAAACGGUUGUAUUCGCCGGGGGUUUCGGGUAUAUUGCGGAGGGGGUUCAGCUAGCCAGGCUCGUACAGAAUGGAGGGGCAACGCCGUCGCCGUGCCGUUGUUUGCUGUACGUGCCGCCGCACAGGGAGACGUCAUUUUGAGGGGGAGCGGAGAGUUAAAAUGCAGAGUUACGAAGGGACGUACGGUUCAUAGACAAGCGGCACGUAACCGUCACACUGUAAAUGCAAAGCUUUACCCGUCUCGGACAGUAUAGUUCACAAUAUUGUCCAGUUCCCACACAUCAAGUUACGCCCUUGCGUUAGCCAUAAUGGCUACCGCCGAUCUGAGCUGUGUGGAUCUCAACAGCGAAAAAUCAGUCAGCAGCCCCGCCGCGGCCGUCACAGCCCACCCAACUUUGGAAAUAGAAGUCUUUUAUCUGCAUCAAAAAAGGAUGAAUUUAGCACUAGUGUACCUGUGAGUGGUCUACUAACCACAUAUCGGAUACCAUCCCCCAAAAUCACCCCCAAACUGCGGUUUCAACUCCCCAGUGCGCGGGGAAACCCACUACGCUACCGUUACAUCUUGCUCCAAAUUUGACAGUUUGACAAGCGGGGGUGCAUCGGCAGUAAUGCACCGAUAACCUGAACACGGAAUGAACAAACUCCUGGGUAGCUGUUCUGUGAAAGCAGGCCCUCUUUGAGUCUUACUGUGAGUGUGAUGGCGACCACCGACGAGGUCACGGUGUCCAUGGGGGAGGUGGUAAUGGUAAAGACUGAUGGAGAGGGUGACCCCGAUGACCCUAAUAAGACUCAGGUCAUCCUCCAGCUCCAACCAAUCACCACAGGAGAUGAAUCUGCUGAAACAGAUGCAGCUGUCAUGGCCGUUGAAGCACAUCCAGAACAAACUGAGGGAGAUGACGUAGAGAUCGGCUGUCCCAUAACAUGCGGCGACAGUAAAGCUGUGUUGCUGGUGAAGAAAUUUGUGUGCCCGGGAAUCAAUGUGAAAUGCGUGAAGUAUGAAGACCAGCUGAUAAGCCCCAAACAGUUUGUGCACAUCUCUGGGAAAGCCACUCUGAAAGACUGGAAGAGAGCCAUCAGGAUGGGUGGAGUCAUGCUAAGAAAAAUGAUGGAUUCAGGUCAGCUUGACUUCUACCAGCACAGCACGCUGUGUACCAACACGUGUCGCAGCACCAAGUUUGACCUUCUCAUCAACAACACACGCUUCCCUCCGGAUGGCAGCAGGCUUAACACGCCCACGUCCUCUCAAGCUCAGGUGGUUCUGGGUAAUGGCGGUGCGGUGGGCGAGGACAGACCAGACGUUCUGAGCGGGAAGAUGGACUGGGGCACGAUCACACUGGAGUCUGCAGACAAGAAGGAACACAAUGAGAUCUCAGAGGACACGCUGAACUUCUGGAAGGGUAUUGCGGAUGUGGGUUUGCUGGGUGAAGUGGUGACCAACAUCAGCACUGAGCUGCUGGAGCUGCUGAACAGCGUGCAGCAGCUCAGGGAUCUGGCUGCCAUACAGGACACAGAUUCCUGUCUGGUAGAGGUGGCGGUGCUCAGUAACCUCGCCCAGGUGUUUGGCCUGCUCGACUCGGUCAAGAAGAUCCUGGAGAGGAGGAGGCAGCAGACGGAUCCCAGCCAGGAGCAGGUCCUCAGCACACUCACCAACCUGGAGGUGCAGCUGGAGGAACAGAGGAAGCAGCAGCAGGUUCGAGCUCUUCUCUCCUGCCCGCAGCCUCCCAAAAACAAAACUCCCACCAAGCGCCAGACCAAGCGGCCUCGCCUCCAGAGGCCCGCCUCCACCACCACCCUCCUGACCUCCCCCAUCAGCCAGCAGGCCACCCUGCAACCCCAGCAGUUCACCGUUCUUUCGCCCAUCUCGCUGUCCUCUGUGGGUCAGCCGUUCACUGUGGCAGGCCUGCCCAUCGCCUCCCUCGCCCAGUCCUCCAACACGGUCACCCUGCUUCCCGCCGGCUCGCAGCUCUUCACCCGCUACAUGGUGACCGGAGACGGAAAGGCGGACACCAUCACCUUGCACCCGUCCUCGGGCCUCACACUGCUGGGCACCACGGCUAUGCAGGACUCCAGCCAGCUGGGCACGAUGGUGAGCCCCGUAGAGCUGGUGCACCUGAGCCAGCAGACCGGCAGCACAGAGGUGGUGCCCAUCGAAGGCCAGGUGGUGGACGGCACCAUGCUGGUGCAGCAGGAGAUGAUGCAGGGCGAGGUGGACACUGGCCAGGAUCACACGGUCAUCGAGAUCAACCCGGCUCCGGUGGAGCAGGCGGUGGGGGUGAUGGAGCUGCAGCUGACCGGUGAGCCAGGCAGAGACGGGGCCGCCAUGGUUGUCCAGGGCGGGAUGGAGGUGACAAUGGCCGCGGAGGGGGAGGAGACGCAGUGCCAAAUGCAGGAGGGGCAGACUGAAGGGGUUCAGGGGCUGCAGCUGGACGCCAGUGGACAGUUGUCAGGUGUACAGAUAGUAGUGAUAGAAGAAAAUACUCAGGAAGAAAACAAGGUGAAAUGAGACACACCUCCUAUUUUAUCCCACAAAGCAGGUAUGAACUUGUACUGAGCUAUCACAGACUUGUGAAACUGUAAAUACACCACAUUUCCAAAUCCACAGAUUGACUUGGCCUAAGACCAAGCAACAUUAGGGUAGCCAUUUUCCUUUUUUUGGCGCGCGUGUGUGUGUGAGUGCGUGUGUGCGUGCGUGUGUGUGUGUGUGUGUGUGUGUGUGUGUGUGUGUGUACAUGCUCCUCUUAACUUCUUGUUGAUUUUUAUUGAAACAAAGAGGCAUCACAAAUGUACCCUCCUGUUUGUUUUGUAUUUGAAGGAUAGUUCCAGCUCGUUACAGCUCGGCUCUUAUUCUCCUGGUUCUGGCCAUCGUUUGCGUCAGCAGUAUUAACCCUGCACUGACCCAGUUAAGUGCUGAGAUCUGACGAUGCAGACGUCAAUUAGAGGAAGUCAGAGACAGGUUGCAAACAAACCCUCAAGUGAACCAAACCUAUUUAAUUGAAGAUGGGAAUUAUUAUUACACAAACUAUCACAGUUUAGAGACUGACUUUGCGGCACGCUGAACUUCCUGUGUUUGACUUAACAGCUUUAAAGUACAGGGACUUUUAUUUUUACCUCCAAAUAAAGUGCUUAACAUCAGAUGUGUCCGAACCCCCGGACGGUGGACCAGCACCGGGCCUUCCAGCAUUCUUUGCGGGGCUUUGAGGAAACAAUAUGUUUGGCAAAAAAAAAAAAAACCUGAAUGAUGAUUACAUAACAAUGAACUGGUUUUGAUCUAAAGUUUUUCAGCAGCACAGAAGGUCAUCAGUCUUCACCUACUUCGAUCUGCUCGGCCUGUGGGUGCCGUGUUCAUGUUGCUCUUGGAAAGCAACCGCGAGCUAACGAGCGUUUGAGGAGGAGUCGGAGAGAGCUGGACAGAAGGUGAAUGAGAUAAAAGGUCCAAAGUGUGUGUUUUUCUAUCCAGAUAUUAAACGCACUGUACUUAGUGGGGAAUCAGCCGUGCGUUGAACAGCGCAGAGGGCUGACUUGGAGGAGGAGGGGGAGAGGGAGGAGGGGGAGGGGGUUCAGAAAGCAACAGAUUGCAUUUAAAGGCUUAUCAGAUGGUGAAAGACUGCACCACAGUUUAUAACACUCACAGACAGGACUUUACGACUCUUGAAAGUUUUCAAGAUCGAACCAGGGCAUUCGCAUUACAAAGUAAAGUAAGUCCUCAGUGGAAGCAUCUCACAGACGAGCUCGAUCUAAUCAAUGAUUUCUUUUCUUUUUUUUUUUUUUAAACUCAGGGCUGAAAUAAUCCUGAACUCUGCCUUAGAGUGAAAUUUUUAAUUUGGUCAUGAUAUCAGUCCUUAAAUCUGUCAAUAUGAAAUUGUUCUGUUUGGGACUCUUGGUUUAGAUAAUAGGCUCAACGCUUUUGCUUGUUUACAACCCGUGUUAUCAUCUCACCACUCGUAGUUCUUUCCUUAUCAGACUUAGCUGUAAACAUGUUUUGUUCCCAGAUCUCAGUAAUUAACAUUGGUUGGUGCAUUACUGAUAAAAAAAAUAAAUAAAAAAGAAACGAUGACCGGAGCUGAGAGAACGAGACCAAAACAGAAUUAUCCUUUAAGCCUCCAUGAACAACCUGAAAAGAAUUCACUGUAACUGUAAAGUCUCCGUGCAGGGCUUCGAUGGUGCUGAUGAUUCAUCAGUUCACAUCCUCUUACACUGACUCAGGAGCAGCAGGCUGCAACUUCUCAGCCUGCUCCGCUGAUGAUCAGACUCAUUACCAGUUACAGUGUUGGGGGUCACUUAAGGCUGGGAAUAAUUGCACUGUCUGUUGUGUCGUAGUGUCGCAUCCAAGCUGUAUUGUUUUUGCACUGUGUGACGUCCGUUUAGGACGACGGGAAGAUGUUUGCAUCGACGCCUGCUCUCUAAACAUUUCUUUACAGUUUGGCCAUACUGUUGGGUAUGCCACCUUUUCCUCUGUGCAUAGUUAAACGGCAACAGACUGAAUUCCUCUCAUUGGACUGUCAGCGGUUUCUUUACUGCUUGGUUUCACUCACAAAAUUCUUUUUCCUUCAUUGUGAACAUCUAUUGCUUUUUCUCAGUAUCAUAGGUAGUGUGAGCUACUGGACUGAUUGUUUAAGUCGAUAUAUAAAAGAACAUAUAUAUAUACUUAAUGUCUAAUGUGGUAUGCCUGUAUUUUACACUUGUACAAAGUAGUGUCAUAUUUAUUAGUUUUCCAUCUGGCCUCUCUCUCUCUCUCUCUCUAAGGUGCAAACCUGGAUGAAUUUAUGCUCUUGGCUUUAGCUCACAUCAACAAAGACUUGUUCAAGACUUGUGCAUUUCCAAUAAUUUAAUUUAACAAAUGAGGGUAUUUGCAUACUGACUUUGUAAUGUGUUUUAAUAUCAGAUUAAAACUGAAAAGAAAAGAAAAAAA